AUGUCCGACAAGAGGAACGACGACUUCGCGGUCCGGAUGCCCGAGGGCAGCUUUGACAAGGCAGAGAAGGAUCCCUUCCUGGCCCGGUCCAAUUCGCACAAACAUGUUCACGCGCCUGCUGCACUGAAGGACUCGUUCUCGAGGAUUGAGAACAGCCCGGGCAUCUCUAUUCUGGCAUACUGCAUGGCUUCCAUCAGCAUGACAGUAGUAAACAAGUACUGCGUUUCAGGCCCAGAUUGGAAUUUGAACCUCUUCUACCUCGCUAUUCAGUCCAUCGUCUGUAUAGGAGCUAUCAUGAUCUGCAAGUCUCUCGGAUUGAUCACAAACUUGGCGCCUUUCGACCCUGAGAAGGGAAAGCGAUGGUUCCCUAUCUCUCUUCUCCUAGUCGGCAUGAUCUACACCGGUCUCAAGGCUCUGCAGUAUCUCUCUGUGCCCGUAUAUACGAUCUUCAAGAACCUUACCAUUAUUGUCAUCGCCUACGGAGAGGUCUUGUGGUUCGGCGGUAGCGUGACCCCGAUGACUUUGGUGUCAUUCGGCUUGAUUGUCCUCAGCUCCAUCGUCGCUGCCUGGGCUGAUAUCCAGAUUGCUCUUUCUGGCUCCGCCGGCGCCACGGAUGUGUCUACGUUGAAUGCUGGCUAUGCAUGGAUGGGCAUGAACGUCUUCUGCUCGGCUUCGUUCGUCUUGGGUAUGCGCAAGGUUAUCAAGAAGAUGAACUUCAAGGAUUGGGACUCUAUGUUCUACAACAACUUCUUGACUAUCCCAGUCCUCAUUAUCGCCUCCCUUUUGUUUGAGGACUGGUCUUCCGAGAAUCUGGCACGAAACUUCCCCAUUGAGUCGCGUAACUCUCUCUUGAUCGGCAUGAUCUACUCCGGUCUAGGCGCUAUCUUCAUCUCUUACUGCUCUGCCUGGUGCAUCCGUGUUACGUCUUCGACUACCUACUCUAUGGUCGGCGCACUGAACAAGCUGCCGAUUGCCAUUAGCGGCCUCAUCUUCUUCUCUGUACCCAUCACUGUCGGUAGCGUGUCCGCCAUCAUUCUCGGUUUCAUCAGCGGUCUUGUGUAUGCCUGGGCCAAGGUUCGCCAGUCGGAGCAGUCUAAGAUGUCGCUGCCGACACAGCAACCGGUGAUGAGCGCCAGUGCCCAGAGCAACAGAGAUGCCGCGAACUCAUAG